AUGAUGCUCGAUACUCGACAGAAGAUUAAGAGGCGUUACGGGGUGACGGCUAAGCGUCGGAAGACUUUUCACAUGCUCAAUGAAAAGUGCCAGCAGAAGUCAGAAACCGAAAGCGAAACGGCCAACUUUCGAACGGAAUUAAACCUCUUCUCGACGACUCACUUCCACAAUGAGAAAACGUUGUCGCCAGAUAACUGCCCACCGGAAAAAAACAGCACAUGUUUAUUGUGCCUGAAUGAAGAGCGACUUUUCGGCUCGCAGUCGGAAACUCUCAUGCCCAAAAGCAAUGAAGAACAAUUACCUAAAUCGAUUCGUGUACAACAAUCCAGCGUUGUAAACUUGGUCGAAGCUGUUGCCGAGAAAAUCAACGAGCUUGAAGAACAUAUGAGGAAAGAAGAACGAAAAUCGCGCAUUCUUGCUGAAGAAAAACAAAAAAAAGAAGAAGUGGCAAGAGCAAUUCAGGAACGUCUACUGCGCGAGGAACUACAGCUCAGUGGCGAGAGUUCGAAAACACAGACGGACUGGUCAUCGAAUAGCCCAGAACUAGGGACUUUAACAUUAGAAGAUGAGGAAGAUAGCAAAAUGUACGACACUUGGCUCCAUCGUAGCCUGAACGAAUCUGGUAAUGUUUUACACAUACCUGUUAAUCUAUUGUUGUACUGUAAUUCAAUUGUGCGAAGUGUGCCGGUGAAGUCUUAUCCGUUUGUCUCGGUUACCGGUCUCAUGAAAGCUGGUGCCUUGAAAUUCGAGGACAGGCCUCUGUGGUACGACGUGUAUUCUGCUUUUCCUCCAAAAUAUGAACCUCGAUUUGACCGUCUUCCUAUUAAAGCGGAGGUAAAGUCGAUCGUGUAUCCCGAAGACAUCGUUAGAGCAAGAUUCUACCAAAAAUACGGUUCUUCCAAAAGUACAAUUUUUGACUUGUUCAAUGAGAAGACAAAGCCGAUUGCAGAGAUGUAA